AUGUCACGAUAUAACAAUAAGAAAAGCACCAAUAAUGACCCGUUUGCUGACGAUGUGAACGAUCUAAUAGAUUUGGAUUUCGACUCUAACCCUUAUUCCGAUUAUAAUCCACAGCAUGAUUAUCCACAAGUUAGCUCAUCUCAAACUGUACACACCCCUUCCAACCCAUUCCACGACCAAUUCAUAGUAUCGGACGAUGAUAAUGAUGUUGAUGAUGAUGAAGAGGAAGAAGGCAUGCGGGGUGGAGAAAACUCUAGAGAUAAUAUGGUACCGCUGCUGCGUUUUGGAAAAAGAAGAAAUUCCAUCCUCCUGAGGCAAGACUCAAUUAUAAGUUUGGAUGAUGAAUCUAGAUUAAACAGAAGAAGGUUGUUUGGAAAUGCUGCUGCUGAUGCUGCUGGUGGCGGUGGCGGCGGCGGUGGUGGCGGCGGUAAUGACCGGCCCAGAGACUUUGACAUCACGCACAUCUUCCAACGAAUAAAGAACAAACUAACCGGUCGAAAGCUGGAAUUGGGAGGAGACAAGACUCUGGGUGCCCCAAGGCAAAUUUUUAUUAUGAACCGUGCAGCAAAUCUGGGGUUCAAAUACUACGGAAACCACAUAUCUACUACCAAGUAUAAUUUUGCCACUUUUCUACCAAAGUUUUUAUUUGAACAGUUUAGCAAGUAUGCCAAUUUGUUCUUUUUAUUCACAUCCAUUAUCCAACAAGUACCGCAUGUAUCUCCAACGAAUCGGUACACUACAAUUGGUACAUUGAUUGUUGUCCUUUUUGUAUCUGCUAUCAAGGAAAUAUCCGAGGAUUUGAAACGUGCUAAUGCCGAUAAGGAAUUGAACAAUACGCGAGUAUUAGUCCUUGAUCCAACUACGGGAGAAUUUGUACUGAGAAAAUGGAUUAAAGUUCAAGUUGGUGAUGUCGUUCAAGUUAACAAUGAAGAGCCUUUUCCUGCUGACUUGAUACUAAUCAGCUCCUCUGAGCCAGAAGGAUUGUGCUAUAUUGAAACUGCCAAUUUAGAUGGAGAAACGAAUUUGAAAAUCAAACAAGCAAAAACAGAAACGUCUCGUUUGAAAAGUGCUAGGGAUCUUAGUAGCGGACUUUCACAAGCGGAAAUUCUCUCGGAACAGCCCAACUCCUCCCUUUAUACUUACGAGGGUAAUUUGCAAAACUUUCAAGGAAACAAGAUUAUUCCAUUGUCACCAGAACAAAUGUUAUUGAGAGGAGCAACAUUGAGGAAUACACAAUGGAUCAACGGGAUUGUUAUAUUUACAGGUCACGAAACUAAACUAAUGAGGAAUGCCACUGCAACUCCGAUAAAAAGAACAGAUGUUGAAAGAAUAAUAAAUCUUCAAAUCAUUGCACUAUUCUGUGUAUUGAUUGUACUCUCAUUGAUAUCUUCAAUUGGCAACGUUGUGAAAACAACGGCCAACAAAGGUGACUUGGGAUACUUGCACUUGGAGGGAACGUCGAUGGCCAAAUUGUUUUUUCAAGAUUUAUUGACCUAUUGGAUUUUGUUUUCCAAUUUGGUCCCGAUUUCCUUAUUUGUUACUGUUGAGUUGAUAAAAUAUUACCAAGCUUUUAUGAUUGGAAGUGAUCUCGAUAUGUACUAUGAAGAGAGCGACACGCCCACUGGAGUUAGAACAUCCUCUCUUGUUGAAGAAUUGGGACAAAUUAACUAUAUAUUUAGUGACAAGACUGGAACGUUGACCAGAAAUGUUAUGGAGUUCAAGGCUUGCUCGAUCGGUGGUCAUUGCUAUAUUGAGGAAAUUCCAGAGGAUGGUUACCCUCAAGUUAUAGAUGGUGUCGAAAUUGGUUACCACACUUUUGACGAACUUCAUUCGACUUUGGCGAAUGCUUCUUCUCAGCAAUCGGCAAUUAUCAAUGAGUUUCUUACUUUGCUCAGUACAUGUCAUACCGUUAUACCAGAAGUCAAUGGAACAGAAGUCAAGUAUCAAGCGGCAUCUCCUGACGAAGGUGCGCUUGUACAAGGAGCCGCAGACUUGGGGUAUAAGUUCAUUAUUCGUAGACCCAAAACGGUUACAAUUGAAAACACUUUGACCAAAGAGCAACUGGAGUACGAGUUACUCGACAUCUGCGAGUUCAAUUCCACAAGAAAAAGAAUGUCGGCGAUCUUCAGAUGUCCCGAUGGAGAAAUUAGGCUAUUUUGCAAAGGCGCAGAUACAGUAAUCUUGGAACGUCUUUCCAAAAGCGAGCCCCAACCUUUUGUUAAUGCUACUAUGAAACAUUUGGAAGAUUUUGCUGCUGAGGGGUUAAGAACUCUUUGUAUUGCUUCUCGUAUUGUGUCUCAACAAGAGUACAAAGAGUGGUCUCAAAAGUAUUACGAAGCAUCAACAUCUUUGCAAGAUCGAGGUGAUAAGAUGGAUGAAGUGGCUGAACUUAUUGAAAAGGAUUUGUUUUUAUUGGGUGCCACUGCAAUAGAAGAUAAAUUACAGGAUGGCGUGCCUGAGACCAUACAGACUUUGCAGAAUGCUGGGAUCAAGAUAUGGGUGUUAACAGGAGAUAGACAGGAAACAGCAAUUAACAUUGGUAUGUCUUGUAAACUUUUAAGUGAAGAUAUGAAUCUUUUGAUAAUCAAUGAAGGGACCAAAAGGGCCACAAAACUAAAUCUUCAAGAGAAAUUGACAGCAAUUCAGGAACAUCAGUUUGAUGUUGACGAUGGGUCUUUAGAGUUUUCGUUGGCUUUGGUUAUCGAUGGCCACUCCUUGAGCUUUGCACUUGAUCCUGACUUGGAGGAUUUGUUUAUUGAGUUGGGCUCUCGUUGUAGGGCUGUUAUUUGUUGCCGUGUAUCUCCUUUACAAAAAGCGCUUGUUGUUAAAAUGGUUAAGAGAAAGAAGAGCCAUUCAUUACUCUUGGCAAUUGGUGAUGGUGCAAACGAUGUGUCCAUGAUCCAAGCAGCGCAUGUUGGUGUUGGGAUUAGCGGUAUGGAAGGAAUGCAGGCUGCUCGAAGUGCAGACAUUUCAAUCGGGCAAUUUAAAUAUCUAAGAAAAUUGCUUCUUGUGCAUGGCUCGUGGUCAUAUCAGCGAAUAUCUAAUGCCAUCUUGUACUCAUUCUACAAAAACAUUACCUUGUACAUGACACAGUUUUGGUUUGUUUUUGCGAAUGGGUUCUCUGGACAAUCGAUAGUUGAGUCAUGGACAUUAACGUUUUACAAUGUCCUCUUUACAGUGUUACCACCAAUCGUUUUGGGAAUUUUUGACCAAUUUGUUAACGCGCGGUUACUAGAUCGGUAUCCGCAGUUGUAUCAACUAGGACAACAAAGGAAAUUCUUCAACGUUACAGUUUUUUGGAGUUGGAUAAUGAAUGGCUUCUACCAUUCUGCGGUUAUAUUUUUGUGUUCGUUUUUCAUAUACAGAUAUGGAAACGUUUUGUCCAGUGGAUUGACAACUGAUAACUGGGCAUGGGGUGUUGCAGUUUAUACAACGUGUACGUUAACAGCAUUGGGAAAAGCGGCUUUAGUUGUCACCUUGUGGACCAAAUUCACUGUAAUUGCAAUUCCUGGUUCAUUUAUUCUUUGGUUAUGUUGGUAUCCAGCAUAUGCAACGAUUGCGCCAUUAAUCAAUGUUUCAGAUGAGUUCAGGGGAGUUCUCAAUGCAACGUACCCGUCACUUACUUUUUGGACAAUGGUUUUUGGAGUUCCCAUACUAUGCUUAUUGCGUGACUUUGCUUGGAAGUACUUCAAGAGAAGCUAUACUCCAGAGAGUUAUCACUAUGUGCAAGAGAUUCAAAAGUACAAUAUUCAAGACCAUAGACCAAGAAUUGAACAGUUCCAAAAGGCAAUUAGGAAAGUUAGGCAAGUGCAAAGAAUCAAGAAGCAAAGAGGGUAUGCUUUUUCGCAAGCCGAGGGUCAGGACCAAGAUAAGGUGGUUAGAUUGUAUGAUACAACUAAACGUAAUCAGAGUAUUUAA